UGUCGAUGCUCUCUCUUAAUAAUACGAAACCUUCUAUCACACACACACUCUCUCUCUCUAUAUACCUCUUCGUCUUUCUUUCUCUCUCUUUGCCCUCGCUCUUAGCUUCGGGUUCUGCUUCCAGUGUCGCUGGAACCGGCGCCAAGAGUUUUUUUUGCUGGCACUAAAACAAGCAUUAGUUUGUAAUAGCCAACAAAAUAUGGCCAUUUACCUCUCUAGACUGGAAUGGAAAUUUCUGACUCUAUGAAGUUGAAGCAUGGAAUCAAAAAUUUCAUUCCUUCCAGGCAUAGCAACACUUGUUCUUAUGGAAUAGAGGCCACUUAUGGAUGAAAGAUAUUCGUUAGAAGUCAACAAGGUGGCAUUAUGCUAUAUAUUGGUAUAGUGUUUUUUUGAAGAAUUAUUCUCGUGUCCAUGGCUGCUGAUCAGAGGAGAAAACGCGUAAAUGGUGCAAACGUUGUUGGUUAUGGUUCUAGAGAGCAGCACAGGAUCAAAAGAAAGAAUUUGGGAUUAGUUCAAAAUGAUUUAAACAUGAGAUCUCACAUCUCUGUUGAGUGGGAUGGUAAUCAGAAAAGGGUUGUUGCUAAGCGUGAACAGAUCGGCAUCAGUCGGAGACAAAUGAAACCAUUUAUCAAUGUUGUUUCUAAUGAUCACAAAGUCUUGGCAGACGUGAUUACAGUGCCUCAAGAAAUUUUUGACUUGGAUAAUUUAAGUGAAGUCCUUUCAUAUGAGGUUUGGAAGACACAUCUUUCAGAAAACGAGAGAAACCUUCUAAUGAAUUUUCUCCCUAGUGGCUCUGAGCCACAUCAAGUUGUGGAAGAAUUACUUGCUGGGAUUAACUAUAGCUUUGGAAACCCCUUCUUAAAAUGGGGUGCUUCACUUUGUUUAGGUGAUCUUCAUCCAGAUACGAUUGUUGACCGAGAACGACGUCUUAAGUCUGAGAAGAAAGAAUACUACUCAUACAUACAUAAUUAUCACAAUGAUAUGAUAGGAUUUCUAUCUAAGUUGAAGAACAAGUGGCAAAGCUGUAAAGAUCCUGAAAAGGAGAUUGUGCAAAAGAUAUGGAGGUCAAAGCAAAGAAUGCCCUCAAAAGUGGUUGAAUCUAGAGUUUAUGAUCAUGAUGAAAAUGUUACAGGGACAUCUGAGUCAUGCUCCUGGGAUGCAGAGGAAAAAGCAUGUAGUAGUGACAACCAAUUUUCCCCUCUGAGAAAAGAUGAUAAAAUUCAAAGAAGGCUGCUUGAAAAAGGCAUUGUCAAAGGUAAAUCCAGAAAUUUGAUGGAUUCUUUGGACAAUGUGCUUAGUGUGGGAGAAAAGCCCAAGACAGGAGACAAACUGCCCAAGCGUAACAUUCAUUCUAGUGAUAGUGACAAAUACAUGUCAUGUAUCAAGAUUAGUAGGCAGCAGCAUGAACUUGUUAAGAAUAUGAAGCAGUCUGGUAAAAGCAUCCAAUCUAGGUCCCUUAACCGUGUUUUGGGUAACCUUGAAACAAUUCAUGUGCAACCAUAUAAUAUAUUUGUCAAAGAAGAACAGAAGAAGUUGCAGGAGCAUUGGUUGCAAUUGGUAAACAAAGACCUCCCUGCAGCAUAUGUAAAUUGGACAGAGAGACAGAUACAGAGACUUGCUGUGAGAAAUUCUUUGGUGGCAGAGAUGAAGGACAAAUCAAAUCCAUUCAUAGAGGAAGAGGAUGAUGUGAACUCAAGGAGUGAACUUCAGGAUCAGGAUGAUGUGAACUCGGGGAGUGAACUUCAGGAUCAGGAUGAGGACAUCAGCUCAGGGGGUGAGCUGAAGGAUCAGAAUGAGGAUAACAUGAGCUCAGGAAGUGAGCUUCAGGAUCAGGAUGAGGAUAAUGUUAGCUCAUCAAGUGAGCUUCAGGAUCAGGGUGAGGAUAAUGUGAACUUGGAUGAUGAGCUUAACAAUCAGGUGAAGGAUGGGAGUCUGAAUGAUCAGUCUGAGUUGAAAGAUGAUGAGGAUUCUAGUUCUGGGUCCCCCAAGAACCAGUCCCUGCACAAUUCUUAUGUUAGUGGUGAUGAUGAGUUCAACCAAAUGAGCGUGGAUUCAGAAAAGAAUCUUCUUUUAUCAAAAUCAAAUAAUACUUCGCCAAAAAAAGAUGAGUAUUCGAGGAAUAUGAUCACUCGGGAUGUUUCUAUUGAUGAAGGAGCGCCUUUCACUUCUGGGGGUGAUGUCUGGCAAGGAGUUGGAAUGCCACAUUCAUACUAUGAUUCAGCUGUGACUCACGAGUACACUGCCAGUGGGUUAUCACUGGCUAAUCCUCAAGUUAGUGAAGAGCAGCCAACCCGUAUGAUUGAUCUUGAAGCUGAUUUGCAUCGAGAAGAGACAGGCAAAGAGUUGUUAGGCAGGCAAUUGGGUGAUGGGACCUUCAGUUCUUACCAAAGCCAGGAUCGAAGUGUCUUACUCCAAUCUCUAUACAAAGGAGAGGGGAUGUUACCUUAUCAUCAUGAACAGAAAGGAGCUGAGUUGGGUUUCCAGACUUCAAACAGUGUUAUGAUGGGGAAUGGCCAAUUUUCCAGUCAUUUUAAGGAGCCCUUGCAAACGUCACUGACAUUGGACCAGGGGCAAAGGAGAGCUACAGAGGUUUACAUGCCAGAAACCAUGUCAGAUAAUAUUUUUUCAAAUGGAGGAAGGUACUUAAUCCCCAGGCAAGAUCCAUUAAUCUCCAGGCAAGAUCCAUUAAUCCCCAGACAAGAUCCAUUAAUCCCCAGACAAGAUCCAUUAAUCUCCAGGCAAGAUCCACUGGCUGCAGUAAAUAUGACUGAUUGGGCUACUAAUAAUACUCGCAUAGCAGGACCAUCUCAAUCUCACUUGAAUACUGGAGAUUUUAUUGGUCAUAAUUGGUUCCCUGCUGAUCAAGUUCGUGGUGGCUGGAAUGGAACAGAUGGUGGUAGUAUUCCGAGUCAAAGUCUUGGCACUGGAGCAAACUCUGAUCAGAGUUUAUUUAGUAUUCUGUCAGAGUGUAACCAGUUACAUUCAGGUAGCGCUUAUGAUUCAGUUAGAAAUACUGACCAGUUUCUUGCACCCAGAACUUAUGGAUUAGUAGAUGCAGGUACACCAAGGGUGAACGCUGUUGCACCUCCAGCUUCUCAUCCAUUAGACUACUUCACCGGACGUGAAGCACCUAGUGGUCUGGUGCCUGAGGAUAUGGCAUGGAUACAUCAGAAUUCCUCAUUACAUGAUCAAUUGGGAAAGCCAUACUUAAGGUCAUGGAACCGGUAAUGAAUGUUUUACACCAAAAUUAGAGUUAAGCUUGAUGGCAAGACAUUGAGAAGAAAUGCAUAUUUGUCAUGUGAUAGUAUUUUGACAUAAGCAAGAUCCACAGAAGCUGGGGUAUACAUACCCUGAGAUGAGAUAGGUUUUGUACAUACCUAUACCGAGGCCAACUCAACACCAUGUACAUAUCUAGAUAUUAGAUGCGCAAGAAAGAAACCAAGUGGUUAAGAUAAGUUUCAAGAAUUUCAGGUUAUUAGGCAAGUUACAUAUUUUAUUCUUAUUUAUUAUUUUUUUUUUCCUUUGCUGCUAGAGAGAUAUUCUUUAAUAAUUUUGGAAGGUAAGAAAUGCUGUUGGCUGUUGCCUCUUUUUGAGUUAUCUUUACUUUGGGUACUUUUCUUAGUUUUGGUCACAAUAUUCAAAUGGUAAAAUGGUUUUCUCGUU